AUGGACAGCAAAGAGUUCCGUCGCCGGGGCACCGAGAUGGUCGAGUACAUCUGUAACUACCUGGAGACGCUGGAGCAAAGGCGCGUGACGCCUUGCGUGGAGCCGGGCUAUCUGCGGCACCAGCUGCCGGACGAGGCCCCGGAGGAACCGGAACCGUGGGACCGGAUCAUGCAGGACGUCGAGGACAAGAUCAUGCCGGGCGUGACGCACUGGCAGCAUCCGCGCUUUCACGCGUACUUCCCGUCCGGGAACUCGUUCCCGUCCAUCCUGGGCGACAUGCUCAGCGACGGGAUCGGGUGCAUCGGGUUUUCCUGGGCCGCCAGUCCGGCCUGCACCGAACUAGAGACGAUCGUGCUGGAUUGGUUGGGUAAAGCGAUUGGUCUUCCGGAUUCGUUUCUCGCACUCAAACCCGGAAGCCGUGGAGGUGGCGUAAUACAGACGUCCGCCUCCGAGUGCGUACUGGUGACGAUGCUGGCCGCCCGUGCCCAAGCCAUCAAGUAUCUGAAGCAACAGCAUCCGUUCGUCGAGGAAGGCCACCUGCUGUCGAAGCUGAUGGCGUACUGCUCGAAAGAGGCCCACAGCUGCGUGGAAAAGGCGGCCAUGAUUAGCUUCGUCAAGCUGCGCAUCCUUGAGCCGGACGAAAAGUGUAGUCUGCGGGCGGACACCUUGAUUAAGGCCAUGGAGGAGGACGAACAGCAGGGCCUGAUACCGUUCUUCGUGUCGACCACGCUUGGCACGACCGGUUCGUGUGCGUUCGAUGAUCUGGCAGAGAUCGGCGAGGCUUUGCAGCGUUUUCCCAGCGUCUGGCUUCAUGUGGAUGCGGCCUAUGCCGGUAACUCGUUCAUCUGUCCGGAGCUGAAGUACCUGUUGAAAGGCAUCGAGUACGCGGACUCGUUCAACACCAACCCGAACAAGUGGUUGCUGACGAACUUCGACUGCUCGACACUGUGGGUGCGUGAUCGGCUCCGGCUCACGUCGGCACUCGUCGUGGAUCCGCUCUACCUAAAACAUGGCUACUCCGACUCAGCCAUCGAUUACCGGCACUGGGGUGUACCGCUGAGUCGUCGGUUUCGUUCGCUUAAGCUGUGGUUCGUACUGCGCAGCUAUGGCAUCAGUGGGCUACAGGCGUACAUCCGGCACCACAUCCAGCUGGCGAAACGGUUCGAGUCGUUGGUACUGAAGGACGGCCGGUUCGAGGUUUGCAACGACGUCAAGCUUGGGCUGGUGUGCUUCCGGCUGAAGGGCACGGACCGUAUCAACGAGAAGCUGCUGUCCAGCAUCAACGCUUCCGGUAAGCUGCACAUGGUACCAGCUUCGGUUAACGACACGUACGUCAUACGGUUCUGCGCUACGGCACAGAAUGCCAAGCUCGAAGAUAUAGACUUCGCCUGGGACGUCAUUAGUGACUUCGCCGCGGAAAUACUGGAAAAGGAACAGGCGGACGAAGUCAGCGAAAUUGUCGACAGGCGCAAGACGCACACGCUGGCCCAGAAACGGUCGUUCUUCGUGCGCAUGGUUAGCGACCCGAAGAUCUACAAUCCGGCCAUCAACAAGGCCCAAACACCGCACCGUAUUUCGACGGAGCUGACCUCACCCGGACACGAUGGCACCGUAGUGACGGUCCAGUCCCCCAAGACUCCCGGAUCGGCGACAUGGAUCAGUUGGCCGCUGGCAUUCCUGUUCGCUUCAGCGGACGAUGGUACGAAGAAUGAUGUCACACUGAGAUUCCGCCACCUCGACACCAUGAUGAGGCUGUCGGCUUCCCGCCGCAACUCGGCCACCGGUGGCUCCUCGCCGUCACCCGAGGCCGAAAACGGUAUAACCCUGCUCAAGUCACCGAAAAAAUCCCCGAUCAUGCUACGAAAACGGGGCACAUCGCCGAACCCGCCCACCGCCAGCAACGCCAACAAUGGAUCGAACAAGUAAUGCAGCAACAUCAUAACCAGUCAGCUUAUCCUCCUCUCCCCUCUCCACCCGGCCACUAUUCGAACGAGGGAAUGAUCAAACAACGAGAUGCACCGGUUCGCCAGCUUUUAAGGAAUUAUAUCUUAAACAACGUUACGAAAACAAACAGUUUAUCUAAAUCUGAUCUAGCCGCAACACACUUCCCCCAACAUGGAUGUUACUUAGGAGUGCAGGGCCAAAGUCGAACUCAACCGUAAUUAAAAUAAAUCCCCCUUCCUCCCGAGCGGACGCGGUCAUCCGCAUGAAGGAAGACAUGGCAAGUGGAACCAGAUAUUAGAAACUCAACUUU